GUGGUGUGGGCUACAUCGAACAAUCUCGGAUGUGGUGUGUAUCGUUGUAAUACGAUAGGUACGGCGAUAGGUUUCUUACUUGUCUGCAACUAUGGACCAUCGGGAAACUUCGCCGGGCAGAGUCCCUACUUGACUGGAGCUCAAUCGUGCUCUGCCUGUCCUCCGAAUAGCACCUAUUGUGAGGACAACCUAUGCACUGCUUCGGCUCCUACCACCACCAUGGUAACAGUUUCCAUGGAAGCGACUACCACAGACUCAUCUGCCAUCAUAACUGCUGGCCCCUCUAUAGUGGUCGUCAUGGCUGCAUUGUAUGCCACCCUCAAGCUAGUUAUGUAAACUUAUCAAGUUGAACGUUAAGUGUAUAGUGUAGUGUAAUCUGAAGAGUAGAAUAUCACACAAAUUUGUGAGUAGUACUUAAAUGUAUCUUGAGAUUGAAACAUUUCUAAGAAUGGUGCUGAUACCAUUGUGUAGGUGAAUGAAUAAUAAAGCUACAGAUAUAAUUAUAAUUAUUCACAAAUAUUUCUCUGAAAAAUGUUACCAACCACCUUAGGUUACCAAGGAAACUUUUUUGGAUAUGAUAAAGCCCAAGCAUUCACCUACAUAAUGAUAUCAUCACAUUUUCUUAGAAAUGUUUCAAUGUCAACAUUAAUUUUAUGUACCGAAAUUCAUAGUUUUCUGGUAUUCAGAUUACAGGCACUACUUGGUUGAGGUAAUCUGUGCCCCCACAAUGCAAAUGCGCAUGCGCGUUGCAUUGCUCUUCGUGAUAAUAGCUAAGCUAAGCUAUUAAGAUGUUGUCUGUUGCCCUCUCUCUCUGUCUCCUAUUUGCUGCAGUGUGUGGCCAGACUGGACUAUCUGGUGCAGACAAGCAAGAGCUACUGGAGGUACACAACUACUUCAGGAGCAAAGUCAACCCCAUUGCAACCAACAUGGAGAUGAUGAUUUGGAACGAUGACCUCGCUGUGCUGGCUCAGCACUACGCAGAGCAGUGUAUAUUCGACCACAAUCCAUUUCGAACUAACCAGCAACAGACAUUUCUCUACGUUGGUGAGAACCUUGCAGUGAACAAUCGUCUUCAGAAGAACUAUACUCGAGAGGUGGAGAGGUGGCACAAAGAGGUGUCUGAGUACGACUUUGUGAAGGAUAGCUGCACUGGAGUGUGUGGUCAUUACACACAGCUGGUCUGGGCUACGUCAAAUCAUGUCGGCUGUGGUGCCUAUCGAUGUCCCAAUCCAGUUCCAGGAUUUCCAUACCGGAACGGACUUAUAUUGGCCUGCAACUACGGACCUGGGGGUAACAUUUUUGGUAGGAGACCGUACAGGACUGGACUCCGACCUUGCUCCGCCUGCCAACUACCUGACCACAAACACUGUGUCUCUAAUCUCUGCAGUUCUACACCAGCUGUUAAAUUACCAGCUGCCGCCGUUAAACAACUCAAUGAAAACAAAUACUGAUGCAGUUAGUGCAAUGACUGUGUCGUGAUUGAACCUGUAUAUUAUACAUGUACUCGACACCUCUUUUUAUCGUGUUGAAUGCUAAUUACAGUCUCAUGACUAGCUACUUAACAUGUACGCAAUCAUGUGUGUGACGACAAUGUCACAUAAUUCCUUUUGCCCAAAUAACGAUAAGAAUG